UAUUGACAAGACCUGGCAACAGAUUACCGAUGUUGUCGAAAAAGACUUAGAAGAAGUUAGAGAGUCGAUUGCCCCAUCCAAUGAUAUGUAUAUUAUUCUCGAUCAUACCAAAACAGUAAUGAUCACGAUCAUUGACGGUAGCUUAUCAUCUAAUGUUAGUGGAGGAGGUAGAGUAAGAAACAUCCUCAGAAGAGUGUUCGCUGUUCUCCAGAAGAACGACUGGUUAGAGGAAAUCGGAGAGAUGAAAGACCUCCUUGAACUUUUUGAGUACCACAACUGGAAGACAUUUUUGGAAAAUUUAAAGAAUACAAGAGCUUUGAUGAAAUUAUUUAGGUUGAAUAUGAUAGAUGGAGCAAUACUAAUGAAGCUAUGCAAGCUAACUUGAAGAAAAAGAAGAACCAAUUGACUAUUGAUGAUUGAGAUUUGUGCAUGAGUUCUUACGGAAUUCCAGCAGAUACAAUCUCUAAAAUUAAUUGCUUAGAAAUUCCCACCAAUUUAUAUUACUUCAUUGCUGAUAAGAAAAAGAGAUUGACAAAGGCUGCUCCUGUUAUCCUCUAUGAUAUUUCUCACCUAUAAGAGACUAGGAACCUUUAUUAUCAUAAUCACCACUUGUAUAAGUUUGAAGCAAACAUCAAGGAUGUUUGCUUGGAUGUUUAGGAGCAAAACUUUCAGAACAUUGUCAUCCUCAGCCAGAGUGCUUUCUAUCCAACUUCAGGAGGACAACUUCACGAUACAGGAGAACUCUUAAUUGGAGAAGAUAGAUAUGAAGUCAAAAAUAUUUAGAAAGUCGAGAAAUCAGUACUCCACUUCAUCAAACUAGAUUUCCCAGGAGAUAAGCAAGAUUACAUUGGAAAAGAUGUGAAAUGCGUAAUUGGUCAUAAGAGACUUAACCAAUUAAGAUCUAAUCAGACUGGUACUCAUAUUGUAUUAGCUUCAUACAGGAAGAUCUUGGCUAAAAUGUAUAGCAAAAUAGUGCUAAGAAGACCCUUGACAUGGCUCAUCUCGGUAUAACACAUUAUAAGUCUUUAACCAAAGAGCAGGAGCUUGCUAUUGAAAAUGAAGCUAACAGAAUUAUUUGUGCUAGUGCCAAUAUUAACAAGUAAACAAUGAGCAAGUCUGAUGCAGAGAAAGAGUUUGGUUUCAACCUUUACCAAGGAGGUAUUGUGUCAGAAAACUAGCUGAGAAUUGUCAACAUUGAAGGAGCCGAUACUAAAGCAUGCUGUAAAACUUAUUGUGGUAAUACCUCAGAAGUAGGAUGGAUCAAGAUGAUUAAUUCCAGAAGAAUUUCAGAUGGUAUAAUGGUCAGACUUUACUACAUUGCUAAUGAAAAAGAGAUAGAAGUUAUGAAUAGAUAAAUUAUUCUCCUUCAAGACGUUUGCGAACUCUUGGUAUUGACCAACCACAGAUUUUCCCUACUGCUGAGAGAUUCUUUGAAAACUACAAGAAGCUCAAUGCUCAAACCAACAAACAAGAUGGACAAAUUCUUGGACUUCAGAUGAAAGUAGUUUUGGAUGGAGCUGCUGAUAGACUAAUGACUGAUUCUGACCAUAGUAACCAAGAAUCUACUUCUCAAACAUUGUCAGUAUGCCUCCAAAGUCAAAGAGAAGGGAAAAUCAGUCAUCUUCAUUGGUCCCACCUUUAUCUUCUAUCUCUUUAGUAGCAAAAAAGUGAUUGACCUCAAGAAACUCGAAUAAUUGCUUAAAAAGACUAAUCCAGGUAGAUACAAAAUGAAGAAGCCAAAAAGGUCAUUUUCAAAGCCAAAGGACAAAAGAAGCCAACUCAGACUAAAGCUAUCCUUCAAAUCUCUAUCCCAGGAAUAAAGCUUGACGAGGAAGUCUUACAGAAAUAUUUAACUGAGAAGGAGUUUUCCACCUCCAAUGAAUUAUUUGUGAAAGGUUCAUAUUCUUCAAUUCCUAUUUUA